AUGCGCGUGUUGCACGAGCGGGAGGUGCAGCGGCUGCAGCUCGAGAUUCGGCGGCUGCAGUCGUCGGACGAGCGGCAAACGGAGUCGGACAUGCGCUCGCUCUCGCCUGUUGAACCGCCGCCUCCGGCACCGGCGCCGGCCAGCCGCAGCGCCAGCGACGGCCUCGACCCGAUGGGGGAGCGUGGCGGGUCGUUCGGAGCCACGCGAGCACCGAGGAUGUGUCCUGAUGUUGCAGCCUUCUCUGAGCUACCGCCUCCUGAGCGACUCGUGUAUGCCAUCACCGGCACCGCGGCGCGCACCGGUGGCUCGCUCGGCGUCGCUGCCAGUCUCACAGCCAGCCAGGCUCCCUUCGUCGCGGCUCUACGGCGCAAGGACAAGCGCAACGCAGCUCUUUGGUAG